AUGUUAAUGGACAUGUUUAUUUGUUGUAUAGUGUCAAAGUUGGAUAAUGAGCAACCACCAUUAAGGGAAGCGCCGCCUGUGGCGGUGGUGAUGGAGUCAAGUACUCAUUCAACACAACGGUCGAUCGAGACAUUGAUUGUGGUUUUAGCUGUGAUCACAAUCGCCGGCGUCAUUGCAGGAAUCUUUGCUCGAGUUUGUGGUGGACGUCAGUUUAGGGGAAGUGGUGAAGAUGACAUGGAAGGGUGUGUGGAGAGGAGGUGUAAGAGUUGCAUUGAUGGUGGAGUUCCACCUCCACCGGAAAACAUAAAGGCUCCGGCCACAGAAGAAGCAAAGAAGUGA